AUGGAACACCUCUACCCCUAUCCCAAGAUGGGGACUUCCUUUCUCGAAAUUCUGCAGGACCCGUUGACUCGUAAGUUGCUGGGGUUUGAGGCCUUGCACGCAGAACCAGUACCCUUCAUCAGUGGGGUCACGUCGCGGGUCAAGUUUUUGCUGAACGAUGCCAUGCAGCAGCUCUCGUUCCUCAAGAUUGGAUAUACCGCGCUCGAGGCCUUCUUACAAGCCAACUGUACUGGACCUCCCUUGGAUUUCAACACGGACGAGGUCAUAUUUCCGGACAUCUACCGAAAUGAGGACAUUGGAUCACUGAAACAGGCACUGUUUGAGUACCUUUCCGUUGAUGGCUCUCGUCCCUACCCGCUGACGCCGCACAUUGAGCUCUUCUGGCUCGCCAAAGUCAUCUUGUCGAAUCCCACACUGGCUGAAGCUGGUUUCAACGGCCGGCGGGCACGCUUUCGAGUCAACUUCUGGCACCAGAAACUCCUCUCUGAAGAGUCGCCCUCACUCCGGGACGCCAUCUAUUUGGAUGCCGAGGUCCUCGAGCGCCAACUUACAUCUCGCUUGGCAUUUGGGGGAGCGGCUGCUGAAGAACAUUUUGUCGAAUUCCUCAUCGAGCGAGCGGUGGUUCGAACACACUACGGCGACGAUGCGUUGGCGAGGGCAGAUCUGGCCAAGGCCGCAACGACGCGACACUUUCAAUUCGUGUUGACUGGCGCAUUGGGCAAAAGGACGAAAUUCCAGGACCGGGAUAUCAGCCAACUUGUCGUUCUGGCCAAAAGUCGGGAUCACGAGCCUGAACCGUACAGCAGUCGUAAGGGCAGUAGAGCCGAGGCCGCAAAAUCUAGCGAUGCUAUCGCAGAGUCUGACCGUGGUGAAGCUGUGAGUACGUCCAGCAGCGCGGCGACAAAACCCGAGAAUUUGCCUCUCAACGACGACACUCUUCUGGAACGGAUCGAGUUCCAAUCCGCUGAUUCAGCUGUGCCGGUGUCCGAAGCCACAAUGACACACAUUGCAUCCCCUGACUCGAACAUCCCCUCUCAACUCGCAUCUCUUGAUCCGGCCAGCCAGCCGCUGCUCUACCCCAUGGACAGUAUCAUCCUUCUUGCCACCGCGAGCAGCAUUACCAAUACCUCUCCAGAUGACGGUUUGGUGAGGGAAGAAACUCUGCCCUAUGCGACUCGAGUCCUGGAAGGCGGGUCCUCUAAUUGGCAAGUGUAUACCCAAGCUCUGCUGGUCAGAAGUAGGAUCGAAGGUUACCGAUCCCGUACCGCGGAGAGGGGGCUGUUACAGUUGCAAGCGCUGGUCGAUCAGGUCAUUGUCGAAACGACAUCAGAUCCCAGAGCUUCGGCAUCAGAUACGAAGGACCGAACGACGUCCUCCACAGAAACAGCAGACCCGUCAACAAAAGGCGCAACCACGUUCCUCCCCAAGGGAAACCCCUCGGAAUCCGCGUCCGUGGCCGAGCGUCUGAAGUACGUAUACCAACUCGCCCCGCCGCUUCGAUGGGAGCUAGAGGCUGAACUCGCCCAGCGCUGGGCUCAACUGGGUGGCCUCAAAACAGCGCUGGAUAUCUACAACCGACUGCAGAUGUACGCGGAAGUGGCACUGUGUCUAGCAGCGACGGAUCAGGAGGGCAAGGCUGUGGAGUUGCUCAAGGAUCUGUUGUUUGAGGAUUCGCAGGCUGCAGAUGCUGACAGAAAGCUUCGCUCUCCUCCACCGGCAGACGCUCCCCGCCUCCUUUGCAUCCUAGGCGACAUCACCGAUGAUCCCUCCCACUAUUCCCUGGCAUGGACCGUCUCGUCGAGCCGGUAUGCCCGUGCACAGCGCUCGCUCGGCCGGUACUACACCAAGAGACGCGACUUCCCGCGCGCCGCAGAAGCGUACACCCUCGCGCUGGGUAUCUCUCGCCUCGACCGGGCGAGCUGGUUCGCUUUGGGGUGUCUGCAGUUAGAGCAGGAGGAGUGGAUCUCCGCGGUCGAGAGCUUUACCCGAUGUGUACAGUUGGACGACAGAGACGCCGAGAGCUGGUCAAAUCUGGCUGUGGCGUUGUUGAGGCUAGACAAGCCCAUGGCCGCGUUGGCCGAUGUGCCCGAAACAGACCGCGAGGACACUGCAACGACCACCGCUCCUGGGCCACUCGACGACGAGGAAAUCGUGGCCGACACGGAAGCUCACGCCGCCUCGGAAUCUCUUGCCAAACAGAAGAUUGACCCGUACCGGCAUCUGCGGGACGCUCUCCGAGCCUUGCGCCGCGCGGCGACCCUGAAGAGGGACGACGCUCGGAUCUGGGACAACUACCUCACAGUGGCGGCGAGCAUACCGCCAUCGGCGAACACGCCGUGGGGGGAAGUCAUCCAGGCCAUGGGGCGCGUGGUGGAGCUUCGCGGCAAGAAGGAAGGAGAGAAAUGCAUCGAUCUAAAGAUCUUGGGCGUCCUCACAGACUAUGUCACAGGGACCUGGACGUACCCAUCGACAGGCGGGGAUGGGCAGGACCACGGCGUGGGUGUUGCCGACGAAGCAGGGACUGCCCGAGGGGCGAAUCGUCCCGAGGAAAAGCGGACAGAGCAGAACGGGCAAGGCGAGAAGGUCGAAACAUCGCCACCGGUCCCCAACUCGACAACAACCUCGUCAACCACAGCGACAGCGACGACGGAGAGAGGGAGACUGCCCUACACGGCCCGCUCAUUCCUGCACCUGAUCGACACGCAAAUCGCGCCGCUCGCGACCUCUUCGCCCGCUCUGUGGACGCUCCUCUCCCGCGUCGCGCAGUGGCGCCGACGCCCGCACGCGGCGCUGCAGUGGAGCGAGAAGUCGUGGCGCGCCCAGCUCGCGGCCGUCUCGGCCUCGGAGGACUUUGACACGGUGGCCCGCGACCAGUGGCGCCGGGUGGUCGACAAGACGGUGUGGAUGAUGCAGCGGUACCGCGAGCUCGGCCCGCUGCAGCGCGAGCGCACCGGCGGCGCCGUCGAGGCCAAAUGGCGCUUCAAGGCCCGCAGCGCGGCGCGCAGGGUGCUCGGCCGCGGCAAGGCGUGGGAGGAGGUCGGCGACGAGGACUGGACCAGGCUGAAGAAGGCGGUGGGCGAUCUGGAUGCCGAUGCCGAUGCCGCUGUCGCCGCGUGA